AUGUUUCUUUGUUUUCGAUUUUGUUGGGUCGUGUCGGUAUCACUAGGACUUUGCGAAUCGGAAGGAACCUGCCGGCAGUGCGUUGAUUUGCGUUACUCCUAUUAUCGUUGCGGUCAACAAGCUGAUUGUUUUCUCGGCGAGACGUGCGAUCGCGGCUUUUGCUGCCCCGCAGCGCGUUCGACCAUAGCCCUACAGAGCGAAGCACCACGCAUAUUACAACAAUCGUUACCUGAUAACCGUACUGUGGAAAACUCGCACAACGCUGUGGUCGAGUUGUGCCCAGACGGAUCCACAUGGACAAAACGAUGCGGACAAGAAGCGGAUUGCAAUGCAACAAAGCAGUUCUGCGCAGAAGGGAAAUGUUGCGCCACAUGCGCUCAACGACGUCGUAAAUUUCUUGAUGAUUCCGCUCAGAGAGAAUUGGCUGGACUUGCAAUCCCUCAGUGUGAGGCAGACGGCAGAUACUUCAGAGCACGGUGCGAUAUGGAGGAGCCGGAUCCUUCUCAGGUAAAGGGAGUCUGGCUCAUGGGGUGCAGCUCAGGUGAUGAGGAUCCUUUCGCUAAUCAUCCAAAAGUGAAAAGAGUCACAGCACCAGCUCGGAUUGUCGCAUGCACGCCAGUAUUCACUGCCUAA